GCCCGGCGCAAGGAGCUGCCGCUCUACACGUGGCGCACGGCGAGCACGUCGUCCCCGCCGUCGUCAUGGAGACGCUGGACACGGCGCUCAGUUUCUCCGUGUUCCCGCCGACGCCGCCACCCUCCACGUCGUCGCCGUCCGCGUCCUCGGGCAGCCUGUGGGACGCGGACCUGUGGGGGGCGUCGUCGGCGACGUGGUUGGACGAGGGCUGGGCCCUGGACGGGCUGCCCGACGUGAAGCCCGACGUGAGCGAGCUGCUGCAGGCGUCACUGCGACAAGACCUGCCCGUGCUCAACGCCGACAGCACCACCUUCCUGCUGGACGGCGACGCCGCCCCCGCCCCCGCGGCCUGGUUGCCCCAGUGGUCGUACUGCGCGUACUGUGCGGCGGGGGGCGGCGUGGGGGCGGCGGGCUGCGGCGCCUCGGUGUCACAGCCACUACCCCCUCAGGGGCCCAGCCAGCUGUACCCCGACCAGGGCGCCGACCAGGGUGCCGACCAGGGCGGCGGCUACCUGGUGGACCCGUACCUCGGCACCCUCGCCGGCCCGAUGCCCGCCCCCUUCGCGGACGGCUUGGUGUUCGUGGACAGCCCGGCGCUGUGCCCGGUGCUGUCGACCGUGCCCGAGGACACCUGCCUGGAGGACGCCGUCCACUGGGCCAACCCCGUGCCUCCCGCCCCCAGCCCCCUGCCGGCCGAACUCAGCGGCCACCGCAGCGCGCUGCCACUGCCGGAGCCCCCAGGUACGCCGUGCACGCCAAGUACGCCAGGCAAAUCCAGCAAGCGGGCGCCCAGAACGUCCAGAGACCCCUUCAUCUGAGCGGCGGGCGGAGAGACGCCGCGAUUCGUAACCUCGUCGCCCCGGGCGCCUCCACGGCGAGACUGGGCGAGACGCCACCCUCGGCACGGUGGUGCUCCUCACGGGCGGAGCACGCCAACGCGCUGCGCCACCACACCGCGGAGGGACGCAUCCGAACAGAACAAUAAAACAUGAAUGAAAGAGCAAACGAACGCAGUCUACGGACU